UCAAUUUUGAUCUCUAAUUAUAUUUAAUGAAAAGCCUUUCUUUCACUACCACAAGCAUGACAUCUAUUGAGACUCUACAACUGUUAUCGAAGGCUCUAGCACGGUUCAGUUCACCAUUCUUGUCUAGUUGGUGCGUUUGGUGAAACAGCAUUUCGCUUAAUAACGGCUCGUAAAGCAUUCUAAGUGAUGGAGUUCAAUCAUGAUGAACUUUCCGCGCCUGGUUGGCUAAAUGAUCAAUUUUUCCAGCAAGUUUUGUGCGAAUAUGAACGUGGUGUAGCCGUUCGUCUCGUAGGAACGUGUGAAUUACGUCCCGGCACCAAAGCUGGAGAUCAUUUCGCAAGCGUAAUGUACCGAACUACGAUACACUACCGGGUAGGAAGCGCAGAGAAAUCCUUCAAUCUCAUCAUGAAGAUUAAACCGGUGUCCGAGGGAUUGAAGAAAGAUCUACUGGACGAUGAUGAUUUUUUUGGCAAAGAAAUACGAAUGUACACACGAGUGCUUCCCGAGAUCGCACGGCUAAUGGAAAGUAUCGGCGAGGAGUAUAAAUACCCAAACUUAAUCUUUGCAUCCCAAAAACCACAUACGAUUAUCAUACUGAAGGAUGUAAGUCCACAGGGUUGGACCAUGAAAGGGCUGCUGAAGAGCUUCAAGGAAAUGCAACCGACCAUCGAUGCUAUUGCAAAAUUCCAUGCCGCAUCUGUAGUCAUGCAAGAGAAUGAUCCUGACUUUACGUCCCUGUAUCGUUGCACUAUAGCGGAAACCUUAAGAUCGAUGCGAAGCAUGACGGAUGCAUGUUUCGAUUCAUUUGUACGCUUUGUACGGGACAUUCUGCAGGCUCCCGAACUGGUUGAGCCGGUGGUAAAAUUUCACCAAAGGAUCGAUGACAGCUUACGUGCCGCGUAUGCUACUACUGAUGCAUGCACGAAUGUGUUGAUACAUGGUGAUUUUCAUUUUAAAAACUUACUGCACCUACAGUCGGGGAAUGAAAUCGUCGAGACAAUGUUUGUGGACUAUCAAAUGUGCAGCUGGAGCUCGCAAGUGGUUGAUCUGUUCUACCUUACGUACAUGAUACCGGAACAAUCUGUUAAAACCACUCAUCGGGAUGCAAUUAUCCAUCGAUAUUAUCACAAGUUCAGCAGUGUACUUCGCCGUUUGAACUAUGGUGGACAUAUUCCAUCCUUAACUGAGUUACAUGCCGAAAUGUUGCGUAAAGGAGAGCUUGAGCUGUAUCACUACAUCGUGUUUUCUGCCUUUCGGUAUACUGAUUUGUCCAAGGUGGAUUCAGAGGCUUUCUUCUUGGGACGUAUUGAAAAUCCCGCACUUCAGCUAGAAGAGUUUAAAGUAACGAUGAGGACAGAAUUGCAGAGAUUUUUACACCAAGGUAUAAUCGAUUAG